AUGUCGUUAUCCACUGUUUUAGGAAUCCCAACAACUGCAAUAUUUAGUUUGCGUUGUCACGAUGCACAUGCAAAGAGAGUGCUUCACAGGCUUGGACUAGAGGAUUGUUUUGAAAGAAUCAUAAGCUUUGAGACACUUAAUUCCUUUAAAUCAAAUAACUUCGAUUCUCCUGGCACUGACAGUGACUAUAAACAAAGUUCCACAGGAAUAUUUGAUUUUUAUGAGUAUAUCUGUAAUCCUGAUGCUGAUAUUGUUCUUCCAAAGACCCCCAUUGUAUGUAAACCCUUUCAAGAUUCAUUUGAAAAGGUUUUUAAGAUGAUAGAUAUUGACCCUCAAAGAACAUUGUUCUUUGAUGACAGUAUCCGCAAUAUACAGACAGGAAAAUCCUUGGGCCUUCAUACAGUCUUGGCCAUUGAGAGUUUGCUCAGAAAAAAGAUAUUCCUUAAUAUAGAGUAUGGAGUCAAUGGAUACGAGUGAGUAUGCACAAGGUCAAGAUGAAACUCAUAAGGAAAUAUUGUCAACACUUUGGAUUAUUUUCACUAAAAUUGGCAAAGGAAAAGAUGGAGUUGAAAGAGCUGCAUGCAAUUUUUGUAGUACUGAUUUUGCCAUUGGAAAAAAACCCCAAGUCUGGUCAAAGUUAUGGAACUUCACAUUUAAGUCGUCAUGUUUUUAUUUGUAAAAGUUUCCAGUUGAGCCUUCUUAGUCUAGAGGAAUCGUCAAGCCUAACCCCAAUCAACCAAAACACACAUCGUGAAUUACUUGGAGAAGCCAUUAUUGCACGUGAUCUUCCUUUU